AUGGCGGCCGCCGGAGGAGAGCCUUCCAGUCAGAAUAUGUCGGAUGAAUUAUUUCAGACCUUUAUCUCGGAGGUACGGUUAAAAACGUGUGGGUUUUUGUGUCGGAGAGUUGUAGCCCAUCUCCAUCGAUUAGCUGAAAUAGAUAAUUUAAUAAAUCGCGUGUUUAUUAUUGAUGAGGCCUCGCAGACGAGAGCAUCGGCUAAUGCUAACAUGCUAACAUUUGCUGUGAUGCAUGUUGUGAUCGUUUCUGUGCUUUCAGCGCUAAAAUCACAGUUUUUGCUUGUGUGUCUGAUAGGUGAAGCAAAUCGAGAAGAGAGAUUCUGUGUUAACGUCUACGCAGCAGAUCGACAGACUGCUCAGACCUGGUUCAUCCUACUUCAAUCUGAACCCCUUUGAGGUGAGUCCUGGAGGUUCAGGAGGAGGACUCCACUUUAAGCUGCUUGAUCCUAAACUACAACAGUCCUGUAUCCUGACUUAUUCUUUUAAUCGGAUUUCUUCAAACCUAAAACCAAGAAAUGGGGAAAUGCACCAUGUUUGUUAAGGAGUAACCUCAGCUGAUGAUAUUUAUUGAAUUGUGAAGCUUUUACAGAGCGAUAAAUGGCUCUGUCUAACAGCUGUGUUCAGUAGAUACUCUGGCAAAGAACUCCAUCUUGGAAGAAACUAAAUGUUGUUUCUGAAAUUUUCAGGUGUUGCAAGUUGAUCCCGAAGCAACAGAGGAUGAUUUGAAGAAGAGAUUUCGAGCGGUAAGGAAGAAAAUAUUCCCUCUUAGAAGUCUUUGCUGUGACUUGAGACAUGAUCACAUGUUUCUCUAGUUUUACCAACUUUAGUAACGACCGCACGAUAGCAAUACACAGCAGUCUAAGGAGCCACACACAAACCUCAACCAAAACGCCACUCUAUAGCCACAAAUAAUGCUCAGAACAGCACCUCACUUCAUCAACAGGACAUAUAGGGUCCCAACCAUAGCACUAGCCUUUUCAGCUUUGCCUAAUUUCUUUAGCAAAGAGACUAAACACAACUCACCUACUCUCUUCCAGCAGCCUUUUGUUUGUAGCAAGACCUCGGGCCAGUCCUUAACGUACUGCAGCGGGGUGACACAGCUCAAGGAAGAACAUUUAUGAUCAUUUCCUCAUGGAAAUGCAAUUACACCGACACGCUAAGGCAGAAGAACUACCACGUCUGCAGUGCAAAAUGAUUGUUAUGAUGAUUAUUACUUCAAGGAAAUGAUAAAGAAAUACUCAUAAAUGUUCUUCCUUGAGCUGCGUAACUCUGCUGCACACGGUGAUGAUGGACUUACCCGAGGUCUCUGGACAAACAAGCUGGAAAAGAGUGGGUGAGUUGUGUUUAGUCUCUUUGCUAAAGAAAUUAGGCAAAGCUAAAAAGAUGUUUGGUGGCUAGUGCUGUGGCUGGGACCCUAUAUGUACUGUUGAUGAAGUAAGGUGCUGUUCUGAGCAUUAUUUGUGGCUAUAGAGUGUUUUGGUUGAACGCGUGGCUCUCUGUAUUGCUAUGUGCGGUCGUUGCGAAAGUUGGUGUAACUAGAGAAGCAAGCUGUCGGCAACAUUUAUCUCUCAAUGGGGUGUCUGACUCGGUGUUAGAGUGUGUUUGACCCUAACUUAAUUUUACAUAUCCCUUUUAUUAAAUCCAACGUUUUAUCUCUUCCUCUGUGCAGCUGUCUAUUUUGGUCCACCCGGACAAAAAUCAGGAUGAUCCAGAGAGAGCACAGAAAGCCUUUGAAGGUAAACCCUGAUUGUUUCCUAGUUUGUAAUUUGCCAACAAAGUAAUUUUUUGCAUGUUGUUAGUAAAUGAAAAGGAAAUAUUUUCCAAAUGUCUCUUUAUGUUUCAAGCUGUGGACAAAGCCUACAAACUCCUGCUGGAUCCAGAGCAGAAGAAGAGAGCUUUAGAUGUGAUCCAUGCGGGAGCAGAAUAUGUGGAGCACAUGGUGAUAAAUCCACACAUUCCCUUACUUCACUUACAUUAAAGUCUGUAUUUGUUGUAGAUGUGGUCUGUAUUUGUUUGGUAAUAGAUUUCCUUUUCUGCCAUUCUGUUUCAAAUAGGUGAAAGAGAAAAAGAAAAAGUUAAAGAAAGACGGGAAGUCUUUGGAUGUGGAGGAGGAUGACCCGGAAGUGGUAAGUCAAAGUUGGAAAUCUGUCCCGGCUAAACAGUUAGAAAUAAUUUUGAUAUGCAUAUGUUGUAAUAGUGUAUUAUCACUUAAUUUGAAAAACACAUUUUCAAUUUGAAGAAGUGUUAACUGGGGGAAUACUGGUUAUCCUUAUGUCUCUGACCGUAUAAUUACUUAACAUCUCCAGUUCAAGCAAGCGGUGUACAAACAGACCAUGAAGCUGUUCGCAGAACUUGAAAUCAAGCGGAAGGAAAGGGAAGCAAAGGACAUGCAUGAAAGGUAAAAUCACCACAAGGAUUAUAAAGUUAAACUUCACAUUAUUGAAGAUUCUGCAUUCAUUCGGGAAGUCAUAAAUGUCUGUUCUGUUCUCUUCCUUCUGUUUUAUCAGGAAAAGAGCAAGAGAGGAGGAGAUCGAGACUGCCGAGAAAGCAAAGCGAGAGAGAGAGUGGCAGAAAAACUUUGAGGUGUGUUUGGUUUUUAACUCUGCAAUGAGUCGCUUUUGUUUCACUUCAUCUUUAUCGACCCUUUUUUUGUUUGUUUGUAAUUUUAGGAGACACGAGACGGGCGCGUGGACAGUUGGAGGACCUUCCAGGCUAAAGGCAAGAAGAGCAAAGAGAAAAAGAACAGGUCCUUCCUUAAACCCCCAAAAGUGAAGAUGGAACAGAGGGAGUGA